UUGGAUAAGCGAAUGUUGGAUAAGUGAGACUCUACUGUAUUUACGAAUUUAGCACCAAAAUAUCACGAUGUUUGAAAAUCAUUGACUACAAAAAUGCGUUGGAUAAUCCAGAACGUUGGAUAAGCGAGACUCUAUUUGUAUUAGGCCUCAGCAGGUGCUUCGUUCCUGUCACCUGAAGGAAAGGCCUUCAAAAUGGCGCCCACUCUUUUACCUCAUGAGGUGAUUUAAAAAUCAUUGACUACAAAAAUGCGUUGGAUAAUCCAGAACGUUGGAUAAGCGAGACUCUAUUUGUAUUAGGCCUCAGCGGGUGCUUCGUUCCUGUCACCUGAAGGAAAGGCCUUCAAAAUGGCGCCCGCUCUUUUACCUCAUGAGGUGAUUUAGACGCCGUUUUUUUUUCUCAAUAUAUUGAAAACAUGGACUACAAAAAUGCAUUGGAUAAUCCAGAACGUUGGAUAAGCGAGACUCUUUUGUAUUUGUAUGAGGCCUCAGCAGGUGCUUCGUUCCCGACCCCUGACAGGAAAGGCCUUCAAAAUGGCGCCCGCUCUUUUCCCUCACGAGGUAAUUUAGACGCCGUUUUUCUUUUUCAAUUUCUGUGAGGGAAACUUGCCUAGAGAAGUUUAUUUUUCCUCUUUAAUGAAGGAAGACAUGAUGAGGUUUGGCUACAUGGGUUUAAGAGAUUCAUCUCCGACGGUUCGGCGCCUUUUUCCAGGCCCCAAGGCUAGGCCCGCGAGGCCGGGGCCUCUCGUGGGCGGCUUCCCCGGCGGCUCCUCCCCUCGCGGCGAGGAAGGGGCGGAGAAGAGGGCGGGCGGACAGGCCGGCUCCCUUCCCAACAUGGCGGCGGGGCGCGCUGAGGAGCCGCCGAGGAGCAGGGCUUCUGCUUAGGCCCCUCUCUCUCUAUUCGUCCGCCAUUCUUGCGCCUUCUUUUUAUCAUUCUUUAUCACUAUCUUCCUUUUCUUUCUUCCAUUUCUCUGCUUCACUCGGCCCUUCUUUUCCUCUCACUCCCUUUUACUCAAAACCUUUCGCCUCCUUCCUCAUUUUUUAAAUAUUAUUCUUUGCAAAGUGUUUGCUUUCAUUCUUUCUUUCCUCCACCCUUUUCUUAAUUCUUACUUCAUUAUUUAUAUCUUCAUUUUCUGAGUGGGGUUGGGAGGUGUUAGCUGGCCCUGAUUGUUCCCUGUCUGGCAUUCCCCUGUUUGCAGAGUGUUGUUCUUUAUUUAGAGUUUUUAAAAUACUUUCCCUAAUUUUUCCUCUUCUUAUUCCUUUCUAAAACCUUCAUUUUUGGCGUGGUUGUUAGCUGGCCCUGAUUGUUUCCUGUCUGGAAUUCCCCUGUUUUCAGAGUGUUGUUCUUUAUUUAGAGUUUUUAAAAUACUUUCCCUAAUUUAUCCUCUUCUUAUUCCUUUCUUAAAGCUUCAUUUUUUGGGGUAGUUGUUAGCUGGCCCUGAUAGUUUCUUGUCUGGAAUUUCCCUGUUUUCAGAGUGUUGUUCUUUAUUUAGAAUUUUUAAAAGUACUUUCCCUAAUUUUUCCUCUUCAUAUUUCCUCUCCAUUAUUUAUUUGAAUAUUGUGUUGCUGUGAGGUUUUUUGGGCUGUAUGGCCAUGUUCCAGAAGCAUUCUCUCCUGACGUUUUGCCCACAUCUAUGAGGUGGUGAGGUCUGUUGGAAACUAGGAAAGUGGGGUUUGUAUAUACAGUAGAGUCUCACUUAUCCAAGCUUCACUAUAUCCAGUGCUCUGUAUUAUCCAACGCAGUCUGCCUUUUAGUAGUCAAUGUUUUUGUAAUAAAUGUUGCAAUGUUUUGGUGUUAAAUUCGUAAAUACAGUAAUUGCUACAUAACAUUACAGUGUAUCGAACUGCUGUUUUCUGUCGAUUUGUUGUAAAACAUGAUGUUUCGGUGCUUCAUUUGUAAAAUCAUAAUGUAAUUUGAUGUUUAAUAGGCUUUUAAAAAAAUCUCUCCUUAUUAUCCAACAUUUUAUCUUAUCCAGUGUUCUGCCGGCCUGUUUAUGUUGGAUAAGUGAGACUCUACUGUAUGUUGAAAGUCCAGCUUGGGAGAAAGAACUGUUGGUUGGAGGAAAGUAUGGAUGUUGCAGUUGAUCACCUUGAUUCGCAUUGAAUGGCCUUGCAGCUUCAAAGCCUGGCUGCUUCCUGCCUGGGGGAAUCCUUUGUUGGGAGGUGUUAGCCGGCCCGGAUUGUUUCGCAUCUGGAAUUCCCCUGUUUUCAGAGUGUUGUUCUUUAUUUAUUGUCCUGUCUUUACUCUCUUGGCUUGUUCUUUGGGCGAGAACCUUCUUUAUUAUCCCCUUUCCCUCUUCAUACUUUUAAAAUAUUAUUUUUGGCGGAUUGUAAGUGAGGGAGAAUUGGCUGUCUACAGAGACGUUGCCCAGGGGACGCCUAGAUGUGUUACCAUCCUGCUGGGAGGCUUCUCUCAUGUCCCAGCAUGGGAAGCUAGGGCUGACAGAUGGGAGCUUACCCCGUCCCGCAGAUUUAAUAAUAAUAAUAAUAAAUUUAUUUGUUUGACCGUCCCGCAGAUUUGAACCACCAACCUUUCGGCCAGCAGUUCAGCCGGCACAAGAGUUUAACCAUUUGAGGUGAACGGUGUAUUUUCGCCAUUCUUUCAUCCCAUUUUCUUCCACUCAGCCAAGUAAACCAUUUCCACCACCCCUAUUAUUAUUAUUAUUUUAUUAUUAUUACUACUAUUUCAACUUUUUGGCGUUCUCUCCCCUCUCCAGAGGUUUAGGGCUAUUAUUUUCUACCAAUAAAAGUGUUAAUUUUGGUAAUUAUUCUAACACUUUAUUUAUUAUUCUAACACCACCGCUAUUAUUAUUACUAUUAUUACUAUUACUACUAUUUCAACUUUUUGGCAUUCUCUCUCCUCUCCAGAGGUUUAGGGCUGUUAUUUUCUACCAAAAAAGGUGUAAAUUUUGGUAAUUAUUCUAACACUUUAUUUAUUAUUCUAACACCACCGCUAUUAUUAUUAUUACUAUUAUUAUUACUACUAUUUCACCUUUUUUGGGGUUCUCUCUCCUCUCCAGAGGUUUAGGGCUGUUAUUUUCUACCAAUAAAAGUGUUAAUUUUGGUAAUUAUUCUAACACUUUAUUUAUUAUUCUAACUCCACCGCUAUUAUUAUUACUAUUAUUAUUGCUACUAUUUCAACUUUUUGGGGUUCUCUCUCCUCUCCAGAGAUUUAGGGCUGUUAUUUUCUACCAAUAAAAGUGUUAAUUUUGGUAAUUAUUCUAACACUUUAUUUAUUAUUCUAACACCACCGCUAUUAUUACUAUUAUUAUUACUACUAUUUCAACUUUUUGGGGUUCUCUCUCCUCUCCAGAGGUUUAGGGCUGUUAUUUGCUACCAAAAAAGUGUUAAUUUUGGUAAUUAUUCUAACACUUUAUUUAUUAUUCUAACGCCACCGCUAUUAUUAUUACUAUUAUUAUUACUACUAUUUCACCUUUUUGGGUUUCUCUCUCCAGAGGUUUAGAGCUGUUACUUUCUACCAAAAAAGGUGUUAAUUUUGGUAAUUAUUCUACCACUUUUCUACCAAAAGUGUUAAUUUUGGUCAUUAUUUUUGCCAGCCCUUCCUCAGUUGCCUUAUUUUCAGACAGUAACGGGCCUUUUUGAAAGCAUCCAAUUGACAGAUAUCUAUAACAAAUACCAAGUGUCUUUGGGACAGACUUCUGCUUCUUCUCUUUCUAUCAAUUUCUUCUUCUUUUGUGUAUUUUCCUCCCUUCUAACCAUGAUCAUGAUAAAAAUUUGCUUUCUCCAAUCUGUCCAUCCCCGCAAUUGUAAUUGAAUGUAAUGACAAAUGGCCCAAUUCAGUGAAGUUUCAGGAUGUGUGUGUCUCCGUCCAAGAGCUGAUCGUUCACCGCUGUCCUUAGCAAAAGAACGUGGACUUUCGGGACGGUCUUGUCUUCGGUAGUUCUUUGUGCCUUACUCUGGUUUCGUCCCAACAACCCAAGAAAGCCUCGCCAAUCUCCGAUUGGGAUGACGCCGGCAUUUUCACCCUACUUGGAUCGCUUCUGGCGACUGUUUCCAAACUUUCCUCCCGGAGAAAAGCCUAGGACUAACCGAUUCUUUCCGGCCCGAAGCGAUCAUCAUCCUGCGUCCGGCGACAUCUGUAUUUUCAGGAAUAAUAACUCAGAGGUGUGUUGACCCAAGCCACAUACAGAUGACCUGUCAACAGGCUGGUUUCUUUUUCAAAAUUAUACGCGUUUUUCAAUGUCCCAAUUUGUCUUUUACGGAGAAAUAUCAACACAAACACUUGUGGCAGACUUGCGAUGGGACACAUAGAGUUUGGGCGAAGCUGUGAAUCCCAAUGAAAUGCUGACCAAAUUGUAUCACGGAACCUCAGAACCCUUUAUGCCUUCUCUGUGUGUUUUUUGCGGGAUUGUGAUUGUCAUAUACGUCUCUGCCUCAGACUUCAGUGAUACUUGAAAGCCAACCGCUUGCCAUUUGGGCCUGUGACAAGUGAUGCUCUGCGGGUGCUGAUUUGGGUGAGUUGCUUCCUUUCACCCAGAGAAACCCUUGCAUGUUUUGCUCAUUGAUCCAAGAUGAACUGGUUCCUGGAUAAGAAGAUUUAAAUGCCUUUGGUAAUUUUUUGCCAUUCAUAAGUGGACCUUCUAAUUUGAAAUGUGCUGAAAAAGCACAGUGCCUCUCGACUUGAACCUUGUGCCUUGAGUGUCUGGAACCAUCUACUCAACCAACAGGUCUGUCUUCUUAUUUUGGGAAGACUUGCCUUUGGUCCUUUAUGGGUCAGCAGCCUGGAAAAGUUCUUGGGGACCAGCGGAGGCCCAGUCUGCCGGCCCUGCCCUUUAUCAAAGGAGCAGCGAAGAAGGAGACGUCCAGGCAUGGAGGCCAACCCUGCAAUGUCUUCCUGGAACAUGAAGCCCUUCAGAGGCCAGUUGCCUCUGAAUUUGAGCCCCAAGGCUUGAGCGAAGCUGCCCGCUGGAACUCCAAGGAAAACCUUCUCUCCGGUCCCAGUGAAAAUGACCCCAACCUUUUUGUGGCCCUGUAUGAUUUCGUAGCAAGUGGGGACAACACUCUCAGCAUCACUAAAGGUGAGAAGCUCCGUGUCUUAGGCUACAACCACAAUGGCGAGUGGUGCGAAGCCCAGACCAAGAACGGCCAGGGCUGGGUCCCCAGCAACUACAUCACCCCCGUGAACAGCUUGGAGAAGCACUCCUGGUACCACGGUCCCGUCUCCCGGAAUGCCGCCGAGUACUUGCUCAGCAGCGGCAUCAACGGCAGCUUCUUGGUGCGGGAGAGCGAGAGCAGCCCUGGCCAGCGGUCCAUUUCACUCCGGUACGAGGGGAGGGUUUACCACUACAGGAUCAACACCGCCUCCGAUGGGAAGCUUUACGUCUCUUCCGAAAGCCGCUUCAACACCUUGGCGGAGCUGGUCCAUCACCACUCGACGGUAGCCGACGGGUUGAUCACCACUCUGCACUAUCCGGCUCCGAAGCGGAACAAGCCCACCAUCUACGGCGUGUCCCCGAACUACGACAAGUGGGAGACGGAGCGGACAGACAUCACCAUGAAGCACAAACUGGGAGGGGGACAGUACGGGGAGGUGUACGAAGGAGUCUGGAAGAAGUAUAACCUCACGGUGGCUGUGAAAACCUUAAAGGAGGACACAAUGGAAGUGGAAGAGUUCUUGAAAGAGGCGGCCGUCAUGAAGGAGAUCAAGCACCCGAACUUGGUGCAAUUACUGGGUGUGUGUACACGGGAGCCUCCGUUUUAUAUCAUCACGGAGUUCAUGACAUACGGAAACUUGUUGGACUACCUCCGGGACUGCAACCGGCAGGAGGUGAAUGCCGUCGUCCUGCUGUACAUGGCAACCCAGAUCUCCUCGGCCAUGGAGUACCUGGAGAAGAAGAACUUCAUCCACAGGGACCUUGCUGCCCGGAAUUGCCUCGUCGGGGAGAACCAUCUGGUGAAGGUGGCCGAUUUUGGCCUGAGCCGACUGAUGACGGGCGAUACCUACACAGCGCACGCCGGGGCCAAGUUCCCCAUCAAGUGGACCGCCCCAGAAAGCCUCGCUUACAACAAGUUCUCCAUUAAGUCGGAUGUCUGGGCCUUCGGCGUCCUGCUUUGGGAAAUCGCGACCUACGGCAUGUCCCCUUACCCUGGGAUCGACCUCUCGCAGGUCUAUGAGCUCCUGGAGAAAGACUACCGCAUGGAACGGCCCGAGGGCUGUCCGGAGAAGGUCUACGAACUGAUGAGAGCAUGCUGGCAGUGGAGCCCCUCUGACAGGCCUUCGUUUGCCGAAAUCCACCAAGCUUUUGAAACCAUGUUCCAAGAAUCCAGCAUCUCCGAAGAGGUGGAGAAAGAGCUGGGCAAGAAAGGCAUGAGGAGCGUGGUGAACACGUUCCUGCAGGCUCCGGAGCUGCCGACCAAGACACGGACGUCCAGGAGAGCGACUGAGUCCAAAGAGGCCAACGAGGGCUUGGAGGCAGCGGCCACGAAAACUCUGGGCGAGUGCGAGCCUGUGGAGCACGAUCCGGCCGUUUCGCCCUUGCUGCCCCGGAAGGAGCGCGUCGCUGCGGACGCCGGUUUGAACGAAGACGACCGCUUGCUCCCCAAAGACAAGAAGACCAACCUUUUCAGUGCCCUGAUCAAGAAGAAGAAGAAGAUGGCCCCCACGCCGCCCAAGCGCAGCAGCUCCUUCCGGGAAGCGGACAGCCACCUGGACCGGAAGGACGACGGCAAGGAGGCUUUGCUGGCGCCCCCCGCGGAGGCCGAGGACCGGUCCCGCUUCCAGGGCAACGAGACCGGCAUGGCCAACGGAACGGUGGGACUGCUCUCGCCUCACCUCUGGAAGAAGUCCGUCCCCGCGUCCGGUAGUCGACUGGCGGCUGGGGAAGACGAGAACAGCGUGAACUCUUCUGCCUCGUCCUCCAGCAAGCGCUUCCUCCGGUCGUGUUCGGCCUCCUGCGUCCCCCACGGAGCCAAGGACACCGAGUGGAAGUCGGUCACGCUGCCCCGGAACAUGCAGUCCGUGGGCCGGCAGUUCGAUUCCUCCACCUUUGGUGGCCACAAAAGCGAGAAGCCUGCCCUGCCUCGGAAGCGGGCCAACGAAGCAAAGCCGGAUCCGGUCGCAGCCAGGGGGACGGUGACCCCGCCGCCCCGGGUGCUCAAGAAGAGCGAUGAGCUUCCGCCCGAGGAUGCGUCCAAGGAUGCCGAGUCCAGCCCCGGCUCCAGCCCCCCAACCUUGACCCCCAAACUCAGCCGGAGGCAGCCCUUGGCCCCUCCAUCCCAGAAGGAGGAGUCGGUGAAGUCCGGGGCGGCCUCGGAGCAGGCGGCCACCAAGGCGGGGCUGUUCCUGGGCAUCGGCAAGGCCGAGGAGCCGCGGUUGAGGAAGAUGAAGCAGCUGUCGGAGAAGGGGAAACUGUCCAAAUUGAAGCCGGCGCCUCCCCCUCCGCUCUCCUCGGCUGCUUCUUCCAUUGCAAAAACUAGCAAAGCGGGGCUCGGCUCUGACGUGACCGAGGGGUCCGUGGCCAAGGCUAAGCCGUCCCUCCCAUCGGCAGACUCGGCCAACGUGGUGGAAGGGACGAAAAAGCCCGCCCCCAAGCUCUCGCCUUCCGCCAAGUCCCUCCUGAUGACCACUGCCCCUUUAUCGUCCUCUCCCUUUUCCGCCCCGUCUCUCUCCACCACGGUUGUGCCGAGCGUGGACUCCGCAGCCUCCACGGCCUUCAUCCCCCUCAUUUCCACCCGGGUUUCCCUGCGGAAGACCCGCCAGCCGCCGGAGAAGAUCGCCAGCGGGGCCGUCACCAAGGACACCAUCCUGGAGAGCGCGGAGACCCUGCGGACGGCCAUCAGCCGGAACUCUGAGCAGAUGGCCAGCCACAGCGCCGUGCUGGAGGCCGGCAAGAACCUCUACACCUUCUGCGCCGGUUUCGUGGACUGCAUCCAGCAGAUGCGCAACAAGUUUGCCUUCCGCGAGGCCAUCAACAAACUGGAGAACAACCUCCGGGAGCUGCAGAUCUGCCCCGCCACGGCCGGAGGCGGCGGCCCCGCGGCCACGCCGGACUUCAGCAAGCUGCUCGGUUCUGUGAAGGAAAUCAGUGACCUCGUCCAGAGGUAGCAGAAGCCUCCGGAAGCCUGGACGGUUUGCCUUAAGCGCAGACGUUUUUGGUGCCUGAGAUUCAAAAAGGAAAUUGCACACCGGUGCAGCUUCGAGGAAGGACACUCCGCGGUGUUCUGCCGUGGCUUAUCUUGCGGAAAUGAGCACAAACUAUGCCCUUCCUUCCGCCUUGUGUGCCUUUCCUUGGCGUGGAUGUGGCCAGAGACUCCUUGAGAGACCACAUUUCCCUCACUCCUUCCUUCCUCUUCCCUAAAUCCCUCUCCUCUCCUCAAAAGCCUCUUAUCUUUGGAGAGCGUUUGCCUCUGAGGGACUUUGCAAGCCUUCCAACGUCUUACUGCCUUUCUUUUUACAAUGGCUAUCCAGAAAGUACGUUACGUUUUGGAAUUUAAAAAAAAAACCAAAGUAUAGGAUAAACCACUUACCAUAUGCAGUUGAAAGCCAUACUGAAAUAGUACAUUUCAACAUAGUCCUCAUUCAGAUUUGUUAAUGUGGGAUUUGUGUAUUGGUAGUGUUUAAAUGAAAUUUGUGUCUUGCCUGUAUUGCAUACUGAUUGCAUCAUCCAGAGUGUACCAUAGUCUGGAAAGAGAUUGUUACUGCUUACAGUAAGACUUGUAUAUAGUUUUACCAAAGUCUCUGGGUGUCACUUCAUUUUGCGUUCCAUUGAUUCCAUCCAACUACUGCUGCGCUACAAAAUACUCUGACAUUGGUUAUGGGCCCAGAUCCCAGUAUCCUAGACUGGCCCUGAUUCCAGACUGGUCUGGAGCUUGGAGUGGAGAAAAAGUUGGAGCUGCAAGUGUGACCAGAGGCUGGCAGGAAGGGAAGGGAAGCCUCAAUGUUUUGAUCUCUCUUCAGAUCCCUUUGCUAAAGAAGCGAGAGCUGAGUUUUUCCUUGCUUCCUUUUGCAUUCAUUGUUCAGCCUGGCUGAGUUUCAGCGUUGCAUUAACGCGGGUCACAGAGGCGGGAAAGUGUUGAGGGUAUGAACUUUCCAAAGUCAUUCCUCACUGUGAUAAGUGCCUAAAUCUGAAUGAGGACUAUGUUGAAAUGUACUAUUUCAGUGUGGCUUUCAACUGCAUAUCGUAAGUGGUUUAUCCUAUACUUUGUUCUUUUUUAAUUCCAAAACGUAAUGUACUUUCUGGAUAGCCCUCGUAAUAUUGGAUUCUUUUUGGAGCAAGCUUUAUGCCGGACUCUGGCUUUGCCUGGUCAGCUUCUUUUUAGAUUCCUCUUGUCGUCGUCCCCCCCAACCCUCAAUUAUAUAUUAUUCUUAGGGCAAUAGCCCUACCACAUUUUGUCCAUCACUAUUCUCUCUGCCAUCAACAAACACAUCAUUUGGACCUGGCCUAGGAAUGGGGGGAAAGUAUUUUGACAACACAGAACAGGAACUACCGUGUUUCCCCGAAAAUAAGACAGUACUUUAUAUUUUUGCUCCCAAAGAUGUGCUAGGUCUUAUUUUUAGGGGAUAUCUUAUUUUUCCAUGAAGAAGAAUUUGGUGUGAUUUGGUUCAGUGGUUUUGUUGUUUACUCCCCAGGAAAAACGCACAUUACAUUUUUAUAUAUAUAGAUUUCUUGUUACUACCAUUAUUUCCAUGGACAACAAUCUAUGGUUUGUACAUUGACCGAUCCUGCAUGCUCUGGUGUUCUUUUCGGCAGGCAUGCUUCCAAACAAAACCUUUGCUAGGUCUUAUAUUUAGCAAUUCAGCAAAACCUCUCCUAUGUCUUAUUUUCAGGGGAUGUCUUAUUUUUGGGGUACAAACGUACACACAUAUAUUCAUUUUUUUAAUAUAUAGACUAGCUUGGGGACCCGGCGGUGCCUGGGUUAUUUGAGAAAGGCGUUGUUUGCCUGUGUUCCAAGUUUAGUCUAUAUCCAAUGUCAGCUGGGAUCAGUGGGUGUGGGUGAACUACAAUUCCCAUAUGCAAGGCCCAUCAUCCCCCUCCAAACAGUGCCAGGAUGUAGAGUGGGUCAUGGGAGCUCUGUGUGCCAAGUUUAGUACUGAUUCGUCAUUCGUAGGAGUUGCAGUGGUCUCGGGAAGUGAGUGAAAGUACUGAAAGUCCCAUUAUCCUUGGUAUGUCCUCCCCCAAACUGCACCAUUCGUGGAUGUCUUAUUUUCGGGGAAACAGGGUAUAAUAGAACCUGGACCAUUUUCCUCUCCCCAGUCUCUGAACUGUUCCUGAGCUGAAACAUUCCUGUUCUCCCUAAAUUAUUUUCGCGAUUGGAUCGUCAACCAGACCAUUACUUACAGCAGAAAUUACCAAAGGGUGUCAAUACACAGCGAUUGUGAAAAGGGGCUGGAAAGCUCCUGUGUGUCCAAAGUAGGAGAGCUUGCCUGUCGCCUCUCUGUGUGAGUUCUCCUCCUCCUCCCGGACCGUCCUUCCUCCUCCUACUUUGCAAACGGAUUCGCUUCACUUCCCUUUUCAUGGCCUUCGUGCCUUGUCUCUAUUUUGAAACCAUUUGGGAUCCGAUUCCCGGCAGCUAAAAGCCUCGGACCCAUUGCCUUUCUUUGCUUACACAGAGCCUUGAAUGAGGUUUGAAGGACGUGGCCUUUAUCCUAAGUCGGAUCCCCAAACUACAGCCCGCGGGCCACAUGCGGCCCAUCAAAGCCAUUUAUCCGUUCCCCAAAGCAGCAGCUCCUCCUCCGACGAGGAAGGCAAAGGAGAAGGAGGGAAAGGUGCGGGCCUUUCUCUCCUCCCUCGCUGCGUGUACACCUUUCCCGUGCGGUUCUCGACCAUGGUGGAGGGACAGCUCUUCGUGGAGCCUCUCGACUUCUCCCUCUUGCAGCAGCUGCUGUGUCCGCCUUGCCUUGAAUCCGAGCCCAGCAAACACAGCUCCAGCCUCCUCCCCAAAUCCGGGUUAGUUGAUCGAUGAAGACGGGGAGAAUCGGGACCCCGCUAUCCCGAUUGCAUGGACAAGAGAUCGAGUCCCCUUCCUACAAACAAAGGAAAUUAAUUUUCAAAUGUGACUGGAAGUGUGAAAAGAUAGUUACAAAGAGAGUUGAGGGAGUUUCAAGGAGACUUGCCAUGAGUCGAAUUCACAAUCAAUUGGAAUCCCUGACUCCACGUGCGCUUUUCCAGCCACCGCUGCCAGCAAGGAAGGCACGAAAGGCCCUUGCUCCGUGUGCACCUUCCCCACUGCUGCCGCCGCCGAGGAAACCACAUGCAUCCCUCGCCUCGCGUGCACCUUUCCUGCUGCUGUCGCCGAGGAAGCCCAGCCCUCCAAGGUCUCGGGAUAAAAGCCUUGUGACUUGAAGGUUGGGCUGCUGACCUGAAGGCUGCCAGGUUCGAAUCCCACCCGGGGCGAGCGCGGAUGAGCUCCCUCUGUCAGCUCCAGCUCCAUGGAUCCCUCGCCUCGCGUACACCUUUCCUGCUGCUGUCGCCUAGGAAGCCCGGCCCUCCAAGGUCUCGGGAUAAAAUCCUUGUGACUUGAAGGUUGGGCUGCUGACCUGAAGGCUGCCAGGUUCGAAUCCCACCUGGGGAGAGUGUGGAUGACAUCAAAACACAUCCGGGCAACGUCCUUGCAGACGGCCAAUUCUCUCACUCCAGAAGCAACUCCAGUUGCUCCUGACAUGGGGGGAAAAAAAACUGGUCCCCUAUUGAAAAAGUUUGGGGAAAACAAAAACGCAUUGGAAUCUCUGAAAACAAAAAACGCAUUGGAAUCUCUUCCACACCGAUUGAAACCCACCUCUCGACGUCCCUUGUCUUUGCCAAACCGCUGUCACUUCUUUCCCACGAAACGUAAAAGCACGACCACAGGUUGCCUUGGAAAACACACAUGUUUAGCAAAAUCCUCCCGAAAACACAUCUCGCAAACCCUUUCCCCCCCGUUAGUGAUAUUUUGCGGACCAUCCUUAUCGUCGCCACUAUCGUAUACAUUUAUAUCUCCAUGUUACACACCACUUUUUGUAGAAUUUCCCCUUUAUUCCAUUGUGUAGAUAGCUGUUUCUCCUUUCACUUCUGUAAUAUCUGCCGGGCUUGGCCUUUACUCCUAUCCCCAAUAUAUGACUCUCCGGACUCCUCCUUUCGACGGCUUUUUCUUUCUCUGACUGUUGUGUUUGUUUUUUUUUUUAAAAUGAAAUAAUUCCAGAUUUUUCUUCCUUAGUAUUUUUAAAAAUAAAUUGAUGUCCAAGA